GUGCAUAGAUGGAGUUAAACGAGGCAGCAGCAGGAAAACACAUCCCAUAUUUUUCUUCAUUCUUCUGAACGCCUUCGGCAAACUAACAGCAGCUGAGGAUCUGAUUCAGGAGCACAGUGUCUAUAUGUAAGCUGUCGGAGAUACAUAUCCUGAAGUGUCAUCAGAGCGGAUCGAAGAGCCACAGUCCCACCAGAAACAGUAUUUCCCAGGUGCAGGGGUGGGCACACAAAGAGAUCUUCAGUCAGGCGUCAGAUUCAACACACACUGAGUGAUGGAUGUGCUCUGAAAGUGUGACAGUGUGAUGGUGACAUGUUGAUCACAGGGAUGUGAGUGGACCAGUAAAGAUGACCCUGUUGGCAGGUGAUGGCUCCGACUACGACUACAGUGCCCUGAGCUGUGCCUCCGACUGCUCCCUCAACCCACCUCCCCUGCAAGAGGAGGAGGCUCGAAAGGGGGCCUUCUACAACCGGGCGCAGCGUGCCCCUGAGCUCAGCUCCAUCCACGGGGACACACUCCUGUCCAGCGCCCGCAAACUCCACGCCAUCAUCAAUGUGGGUGGCCUGCGUUACCAGCUCCCCUGGACCACCUUGGAGGACUUCCCCCUGUCUCGCCUGGGCCAGCUGCACCUCUGCAGCAGCUUCGACGACAUCAUGCGUAUCUGCGAUGACUAUGAUGUCACGCACAACGAGUUCUUCUUCGACCGCAGCCCCUGUGCCUUCCGUACCAUCCUGACCUUCUUGCGUGCAGGGAAGCUGCGGUCCCUCAGGGAGAUGUGCGCGCUCUCCUUCAGGGAGGAGCUGCUGUACUGGGGGGUCCCUGAGGAGAGUCUGGAGUGGUGCUGUCGCCGGCGUCUGCUGCAGCGUGUGGAGGAGUUUGAGGCGAUGGAGAGGGCGGAGGAGGAGGAGGAACUCCUGGACGAUCUGUUGGAUUCAGACAGCGGCCACGGGGAGCACGCAGCGGAGUCCCGGCUCAAUCGCUGCAUGGGCAAGCUGAGAGACAUGGUGGAAAGGCCUCACUCGGGCCUGCCGGGGAAGAUCUUCGCUUGUUUGUCAGUGCUGUUUGUCACCAUCACUGCCGUUAACCUGUCCAUCAGCACCAUGCCAGCCAUGAGAGAGGAGGAGGAGGCGGGCACAUGUUCCCAGAUGUGCUACAACAUCUUCAUCGUGGAGACUGUGUGCGUGGCCUGGUUCUCCCUGGAGUUCACCCUGCGCUUCAUCCAAGACCGCAGCAAGCUGGCCUUCCUCCGGCAGCCCCUGAACCUGAUAGACGUAGUGGCCAUCCUGCCGUACUACAUCACCCUGGUGGUGGACAGCACCUCCAAAGGGGAGAAGCGUCUGGGCUCUGGCAGCAGCUACUUGGACAAAGUGGGCUUGGUGCUGCGCGUCCUGAGAGCCCUGCGGAUCCUCUAUGUGAUGCGUCUGGCUCGCCAUUCGCUGGGCCUGCAGACUCUGGGCCUGACAGCACGCCGCUGCACGCGGGAGUUCGGACUGCUCCUCCUCUUCUUGUGUGUGGCCAUCGCACUGUAUUCCCCCCUGCUGUACUUGAUUGAGAAUGAAAUGGCUGCCACGCAGGAGUUCACUAGCAUCCCUGCUACCUACUGGUGGGCGGUCAUCACCAUGACGACAGUGGGCUAUGGAGACAUGGUGCCAAGGAGCAUCCCGGGCCAGGUGGUGGCUCUGAGCAGCAUCCUGAGCGGGAUCCUCCUCAUGGCCUUUCCUGUCACAUCCAUCUUCCACACCUUCUCGCGGUCGUACGUGGAGCUGAAGCAGGAGCAGCAGAGGCUGCUGCAGAGGAGGACUCACUUCCUGCUGCGGAGCCGCAUGGCCGGCCUUGGCAGCAACCUCUCCUUAGAGAGUGAUAUGCUCUUCCCGAUGGGGUCUGACACCAGAGACUUGGAUGACUGAGACUGUUGGACUGUGAAGGACAAAGACUGGGAGUACAAGAGAACAGAAGAGAAAGGAGGGUACAAAAAGAGCCCAUUUACACCUGGUAUGAACACAGGUUUCAGAUCUGAACACAAGUGGUAGUGUUGGUUCUAAUGCAUUUGGUACCAUAGACAAGCCUCCCCAAAAAUGAAAAUACUAAAUAAAUAACAUAAAUACAAAUUGCAAAAAUAAUAAUAAUAA